AUGCCGUCCAUCCUGUCGGAGCAGGACAAGGAGACGGUCAAACGCUUCGUUCCCAAGCACACAAACAAGAUCCAGGCCGUUGCUGUCGCCAAACUUUAUGUUGCAUACCCAAACAGGUCAAAAUGGACAGACACGGGACUGCAGGGAGCCGCUGUGCUCUGCAACGACUUGGUCGGACAUACGUACUGGGUGAAGCUCGUUGAUAUCUCGCCAGGCGGGAGAGGCGUUAUUUGGGAUCAGGAGAUUUACGACACAUGGAGUUACAACCAGGACCGUGUCUUCUUCCACACGUUCGAACUCGAGGAAUGUCUUGCUGGACUCAGUUUCGCCGACGAGAAAGAGGCGAAGCAGUUCAAGAAGAAGAUGGACGAGCGAGAGAGGAAUGCGAGCAAAUUGACCAAAGUUGCGCCCUUCAGCCUUCCCGUCGGAGCGUCUGCGGCGCCAGGUUCAACAGGAGGAACUCAAAAACAUCACGGCAUUUUGGGCGGCCUGUUUGGCCAUCGGCACUCGUCGGCACAUACUCCCCCCGAUUCGCCCCAAGCUGCACUUCCACCUCCUCCGCCAAAUGGACACCAGUCAAAGCUAUCUUCGGGCAGCAUCAAUGGCAUGAACGGCCCCAAGCCCAAGUCCGAGUUUGCCAUACUUGAUGCCUUCGACCCGCUAUGGAGAGAGCACUUUGGUGAUGAUCUGAAGGAGAAGGGCCUCACGGAUGACUUCAUUUUGGACAACCAGGAGUUCAUUGUCGACUUCCUUAGGCAGGAGCAACAAUCCGCGCGCAAGGAAAGCCCGCCAUCCCGUCAGCAAGCCCAUGCUCCUCCUCCGCCGCCGCCCCCAUCAAACGACCGAUCAAACAGCUUACGCGCGCCUCCUCCUCCGCCCUCGGCUCCUCCGGUAUCGUCACAUGCCCCACCAGCGCCGCCUCCGCCGCGACGAGGUGCUGCACCACCAGCUCCGCCAGCGCCAAGACGAGGUGCUGCGAAGGUUGAGGCACCAACAUCACCACCCUCUCCGCCUCGCCCACGCUUCGCCGCCCCGCCACCGCUCCCCGACGCGGGCAAGUAUGCCCACACAGCUCCUCCGCCAAGGCAGGCACCAGCUGCCGGCCCCCCUCCACCGCCAAGGCCUCCAAAGACACCGGUCGACGACAAGGAAGACUCGUCCAAUCCCAGAUUUGGCGUACCGCCGCCUUUCCAACGAAGUGUUCCUCCACCUCCGGCACCUCCCAGCCGAGGGCCUGUUCCACCACCUCCUCCAUCAAGAGAGCCAGUACACCAGGUGCCUCCUGUUUCUGCUAUGCCGCCCCCACUCCCUUCAAAAGUCCCCGCGGCGCCAACGGCCCCGCCUUUGCCGCCUCCCAGCACACGGCCUCCGCCCGUAUUGCCGAGCAGAGCCCCUGCUUCUCCGCAGCCGCCGCCUCUGCCUUCAUCCCAAGCACCACCGGCGCCACCCCCUUUGCCUACCUCGAGCGCACCACCGGCGCCUCCACCUGCGCCUCCAUUGCCGCCGCCAUCCGGCUCAGCGGCUCCUCCACCAGCACCCCCACCACCACCGCCUCCAGGUGGACUGGCCGGCGCCCCGCCAGCGCCCCCGCCUCCUCCGCCUCCGGGUGGAAUGGCUGGCGCUCCUCCGGCGCCUCCACCACCGCCUCCGAACAGAGAUUCUGGAUACGCAUCAGGCCUGCCUGCCGCAGCUGCGGACCCUGGGCGUGCCGGAUUGCUGGCCGGCAUUCAAAAAGCCGGCGGUGUUGGGUCGCUGAAGAAAGUGGACAGGUCACAGAUACGCGACCGCAGUGCUGCACAGGUUGGCGGAGGCAGCGAUACUGGCCCGCAUGGUAGCGGGUUGCCUCCUGCAGGCGCUGGUGCUGGCGGUGGUGGCAUGGCUGAUGCUUUGGCUGCCGCGCUGCAGAAGCGCAAGGAGAAGGUCAGCAGAAGCGAUGACGAAGCUUCGGAUGACGAUUGGUAG